UCAUGUGAUCAGCCGUGUCCAAUCACAGCCAAUCACGGGCGUUCAUAUCAGUGCCCAUCUGAGCUGCCUUUCAAUGUCACCCAUCAGUGCCACCUAUCAGUGCCAGUGUCGCCUAUCAGUGACAGUCAGUGCCGCCUAUCAGUGCCAUAUAUCAGUGUCAUGCAUCAGUGCUGCCUUUCAGUGCCCAUCAGUGAUGCCUGUCAAUGCCCAUCAGUGCAACCUACUGAUGCCUCCUCAUCAGUGCCACCUAAAAGUGUCCAUCAGUGCAUCCUAUCAGUGCCCAUCACUGCAGCCUCAUUAG